AUGGCUGAGGCUCCUGUAAAUCCCGAAGUUAAAAUCAUGCUACAAUUCGAGCAGCGAUAUGUUGUUCCCGUGCUUCUCCUGGUUGGAUGGGUCGCAGGGUGCAUGGUGGCUGUUUACUACAUCUUCUCCUGACCAUGAGGAUGCAGCAAUAGGAACAUGGGAUUCCACAACCUGACCUGACGAUAUGGACGAUUCUAAUUCAGCAACUGUAAAUGUAUCCUGGACAAUGGAAAACACAAUUUUGUGGUUACAUGUCAUGGAGGAGUAAGAUGCAA